AUGACAGGAAAGUAUGUAAAGGAUCCUAUGCUUGACUCAUAUCCUUAUGGUGGUUACUCGUAUAUGUUCUAUACAUAUAAUUUUUCCUCAGUGAUCGUUAAGGGACGUGAGCUUGAUUAUGGUAUUGGCAUUUUGGAUUUGGUGAGCGUUGACUUAUCUUUGAACCAACUAACUGGGAGAAUACCAGAAGAAAUAGCUGCUCUUGAUGCAUUGAUGAACUUGAAUCUAUCGUGCAACCAGUUGAGUGGGAAAAUCCCAAAUAAGCUUGGGGCCUUGCAGGCUUUGGAAUCACUUGACCUCUCAAGUAACAUGCUUUCUGGUGGAAUCCCUUCGAGCCUGUCAGAUAUAACCUAUUUGAGUUACUUGGACUUGUCUGAUAACAAUCUCACUGGGAGAAUACCAUCAGGUCGUCAGCUUGACACCCUCUACACCCAGCAACCUUCCAUGUACAGUGGCAACAGUGGUCUAUGUGGCCCUCUUCCAAACAGUUGCCCCGGAAAGAAUUCAGCAACACAAGAUUAUCCAAAAAUGAACGAGCAUUCCUUUGAGCCAAUAACCUUUUCUUUUGGACUUGCUCUGGGAUCUAUUCUGGGUCUCUGGGUGGUGUUCUGCGUCCUGUUGUUUAAGAGAGCAUGGAGGAUUUCUUAUUUCGGCCUGAUUGACCAGACAUAUGAUCAGAUGUAUGUGUUUGCCGUUCUUACAUGGAAAAGCUGGGCCAGAAAGGAAGCUACAAAUUGA